AUGGUUGGCCCCGAGAUGCUCGUCGCCGCGACGGUGAACCAGGUCGCUCGGAAGAUCAACGAGAUCAUCGGCGUCGCACAGGGCGAGGUGAAGCUGUGCUGCAGCUUCAGCGAUGACCUCGAGGGCAUCAAGGACACCCUGAUAUACCUUGAAGGACUCCUCAAGAACGCGGAGAACAACUCCUUCGGAAGCGAUAGGGCGAACCUGUGGCACUGGCUGGGCCAGAUCAAGUCUCUGGCUUACGAUAUGAAGACAUCGUUGAUGGGCACUAUACAUGGAACCUUGCCGCUCAAUGUUACUGCUGAGAAAUACAUUGAUGAACUUAAAGAUAUUUAUUUCCUUCAAGUUCUAGAGAGGCAUCAGAUUGAUGCAGAAAUAUCCAAUACUUCUGAUGAAAAGCUCUGCAUGAAUAAUUUUUGGCAACAUUUGUUCACUUCAGUGGUUCAAGUCAAGGAAGUUGGAUCAAGUAGUUCUAUCGAUACCAUUCUAAAGGAGCCUGCAAACAGAGACGUGGCAGUAGGAAUAAGUUUUUCAGACAAUGAUGAAGUUGGUUAUCCACAAAAUAAGCUGAAGCAAAAAUCGGCAUCCUCUUAUCAUAUGGAUGGACAUAAAAGUGAAGAGCCUAAUUUCACUAACAAGCCAAACUCAACUAGAGAGACAGUACAACUAAUCCCUGGACACCAGUUCCCAUCAUCUCCAUCUCGUAUUUCUUCCAUUGCAUCAAGUUCUAGUGCACUAUUUGCAUCUGGCUCCUCUUCAGAUGUCUCAACAACUGACAAUCCAGUGUCCAAUGACAAAGCAGGUUUACAGCUGGAAGAGGAAUGCCACGAACCUCAGGUGUUAGCAGGAGAUGGCCAGAUUUAUGAACAUCAAGCAUCGUCAUCACACAUGGACAUGGCUGCACAUCUGCAUGAACCAACCGCUGCCAAGCGCAGAAAUGAUAACCAUAUUACUCGCUACAGUGGAGAAUAUCACUUCAGUGUGCAGUGCAAUGGGUUGAACCAAGGGAUUGUGUGA